AUGAAGACCGCCGUUAUCGCUUGUGGACUGCUUGCCGUCGUCGCGGCUUUCACCACCCCGCGCUCGAUGAACGGACAAAACGGACCGUUCGGAGGCUCCCCGGCUCCGUUCGGCAACCAAAACGGACAGCAAAAUGGACAGUUUGGAGGCCAUCAGGGACAGCAGGGUCAGCAAGGCCAGCAGAACGGCAACGGACAGUUCGGUGGACCAGGUGGCUUCACCGCUCCUUCCGGAAACCAGAACGGCCAGCAGAACGGACAGUUCGGAGGACAGGGACCGCAGGGUCUGCAGGGCCAGCAACAGGGCUUCAACGGCCAGGCUUUCGGCCAG